AUGGGCUUUCAUGAAUUGGUCGAAAAAUAUCAAAACAAUGGCUACAAGAAGCUAACUAUGGGUAAGAAGCCCGCGGGGACGCCUAAAAAGGGUGGAACGAUGAAGAAAGUGAAUAGAAGAUUUAAGGGGUUUAGGUUAAUGACGUCACGAAAACUCAAGUGGAGGAGUUUUUGGAUGGCAAUGAUGCCGAUAAGGAGAACGUUGAGCAUAUGUUGUGACAUGUUGAAUAGGCUGAAGGUGGAUGGUUCGUAUCCGGCCAUUGUGUUCACUUCUCAAUGGGGACUUCCUGUGCUAGCUCAUCCUGCUCCAAACAGAAGUAAUUCUAAUGUUUCCUUUUAUAGAAAGCCUGGUAAUAUCAGCCAUAAUGUUGUAUUUGCUUAA